UGACGUGCAGCAUGAAACUGUCUUCCACAACCUCACCUUUGUAGCGGAGUUUAGCUGUUCCUUACCCAGUUUUAAGCCUUUUAGACAACUGUUUCUGCUUUAGUUAAUGACUGUGUUUCAAACUGUGUAAGUGUUAGAAUUGAGAGCCAAAGGGUAGUUUUACUUUCUUAGUCACAAGUUUGUACUUAUUCAGUCUUUAUUAAAUUAUAAUCAUUGUUAUUAAUAUUAUGUCUGAUGAUGAGGCUGUGUAAGCUAUGGUGUUGCCAGGUGGUUGCUGUGCUAAACAGGUUUGGUUAUUGCUAGGUGUUUUCUAAAGGAUAUCAGUGGUUUGUUAGCAUUUUGCUUGUUGGUUGCCAUGAUAUUCCAGGUGCUUUCCAUGGUGUUGUUAGCUGGUUGCUAUGCUAACCAAUUUGGCUACCUCUGUAUUCCAGGGGUUGCUGGCAUCUUUCUCAUUGGAUGCCAUAAUAUUAUUGGUGGUUGUUAUGAUGUUAUUAGAUACAUGGUUGCUAAUGUAUCAUUAAAUCGUUCUCAUGAUAUUUGAAAUAUUCCAACCUUAAUUCUGAAAAUCAAAUCAGUUAUAGAGACGCUAUUUUAUAGCACAACAGAAAGAAAGACAGAGUAAUAAAGGGGUGUUAACCAUAUGUAUUUCUGUUUUAAUGCAUCAAAAGGGGAAGAGAUUGAGCUAAAACAGACUGAUAAUCACAGUCUUUUACUGCUGGUGCUCACAAAUACAGUACGGGUGAAGGAGGAACAAACUGAGUGAGAAAGUUAUUGUUUAUUAAAAGUGUAAGAUUUCUUGAAAGCAUUUCUUGAAAGCGUUUCCAAGGAAAUCUUUGCAUUAAAUUCAACACCUGGUGGAUCUUUAAGUGACGUCUGUCUGAAGGCAGAAUGAUGAGAAACAUUACAGCAGCAGCUGCAAUCCUCGUGUUACUGACUGGAGUUCAGGCUCAGCACAGUGUAACUUUCUCCACUCAGAGUUUCUGUGCUGUUGCUGAAUCUACAGUAAAAAUCCCCUGUACAAUUACAAAACCUGAUCACUCCAGUGUCACACAGAGAGAGUGGUAUCGAGUCCAGAGCUCUGAAGGAGAACCACAAGUCCUGAGUAAAGAUCCACAAUAUUCAGGACGAGUUCAGUUCUGGCCAUCUGACUGUGCGCUGUCAGUGAUAAAUGUGAGUGUGAGUGACUCUGGAGUUUAUAACUUUAGAUUUAAAACACAGAGCAGUGACUGGAUAUCAGCGCCAUCUGGAGUUCAUCUGACUGUUACAGAUUUGCAGGUGAAGGUGGAUCCUAACACUGAAGGACAGAGAGAAGUAAAACUGACCUGUAGUUUCACCUGCAGUCUCAAUACAUUAAAUUUCCACUGGUACAAGAAUGGCCAAAAGUUAAAAACUACAAAUGACAACUUAUUUGUCCUCGACUCGACUAGUCUACAUGAUGAAGGCAGCUACUCCUGUAGGGCGUAUGAGAGUGAACGUCGCUCUCCUCCAGUGUGUGUAAUGAGUAAGGCGUGUUGGCGUGUGACUUACACUCCUGAUCAUGUGUGUGCUCUGAAAGGCACAUCGGUUGAUCUCUCCUGCUCUUAUACGCACCCUGCAGAACACACAGUGAGAACAUCAGUGUGGUUCAUUAAACAGAAGGCUGAUGAUGAUCCUGUGGAUGUGAGAGAGGAUGAGGAGUAUCAGGGCCGAGUGCAGGACACACAGAACUCUCAGAAUAACUGUAGUCUGAGAAUCACUAACCUGAGAGAGACAGAUGCUCAAACAUACAGAUUCAGAUUCUACACUGAUGGAGGUGAUUACACUGGAGAACCUGGAGUCGCUCUGUCUGUUACAGAUCUGAAGGUUACAGUAUCAGACCGGGGAAAUGGGUAUAAAAAGCUGAGCUGCAUCACCACCUGCACUCUGUCUAACAAUCCCACUUACAUCUGGUACAAGAACGGACAGCGUGUUCCUGACCAGAACAGAAAUGAACUGGAUCUGGAAGUCAGCAGUGAUGGCAGCUACUCCUGUGCUGUAACAGGACAUGAGAAACCUCACACUCCUGCAGUCUGUAAGACCCCAUUUUGAUCUUCACCCACUUCAUCACCACACUGCCAGCUUCUGUUUAUUGGGUGUUAAAUGUUAAGUACUCUGACAUUUUUAUUUUAAACCAUCAACCCACACCAACCUGCCCAAUUUUUACAAACAAAUUUUUUGGCAAAGAAUAAAAUAUAUACAUUUAAAUGCAGAGAGUGUAGACCAACCAAGAACGUACAGAACAACGUUUUAGAUAGACAGAUUACAAAUUAUAUGAUCUUAUUCAUCAGGUGUUUUAUUUUCAAUCAGAUUCCCCUUAAAAACACCAUAGCAGUGGUUCAUUCCUCUGAAAGUCCAGUCAAGGGGGAUGCAGUGACUUUAAGCUGUAGCAGUGAUGCAAACCCUCCUUCUUUUCAUAUAUCAGCAUAUCUCUAAGUGGUUUAUACACAUGUAAAGUUUUACUAGUUGUGUUUACUGAGUAAUAAAGUCCAUAUACUGGGUGAAAUGUAUUUAUUAAGAUUUGAUGAUUUCAUUGCUGCAGUAAAUUAUAUUUGUCUCUGUACCUGUAAU